AUUGGUUGAAAAGCCCCAUCCUGUAUUUCCUAUCAUCCAAUCCUCCCCUCCAGCUUUGUGCCGUUCUAUGAUUUUAAGGUUAUGAAAUAGGUUUUUAGGUUAAUUAUUAUACAUUUUAACGAUUUGCCCUGGAAUAAUUAUAAGGAGCUAUUAGUCAUGUCAGAAGAAUCGAGCCAAAAGCGAUGGGGCCAUUUACGCAAAGUUUUGGAGCGGUCCAGUCCAUUCAGCCACCCGGAAUUUGAGCCUUCCUCAGAAGUCCUGGAUUUCCUUAUGACUUCCUGUAAAAUACUUGUUAUAGGGGCUGGAGGGCUGGGCUGUGAACUGCUGAAAAACCUGGCCCUCAUGGGGUUUAGGCAAAUACAUGUCAUUGAUAUGGACACUAUUGAUCUAUCAAACUUAAACAGACAGUUCUUAUUUCGGCAUAAAGAUAUAGGCUCUUCAAAAGCAGAGGUAGCAGCAGCAUAUAUAAACAAAAGGGUUGCUGGAUGUCAAGUAACUCCUCAUUUCUCAAAGAUCCAAGAUUUUGAUGAAGGUUUCUACAAGCAGUUUCAUAUUAUUGUUUGUGGGUUGGAUUCAAUAGUUGCAAGGAGAUGGAUAAAUGGAAUGCUAGUUUCCAUGUUGAAUUAUGAUGACAAUGUGUUAGAUCAGUCUUCUGUAAUACCCAUGGUUGAUGGAGGAACUGAGGGCUUUAAAGGAAAUGCUCGUGUUAUCUUGCCUGGUAUCAAUGCUUGUGUUGAGUGUACCCUUGAUUUGUAUCCACCUCAAGUCAAUUAUCCUCUGUGUACAAUUGCCAAUACACCUCGUUUGCCUGAGCAUUGUAUAGAGUAUAUCAAACUAAUUCAGUGGCCCAAAGAGAACCCAUUUGGAGUCCCAUUAGAUGGAGAUGAUGCCCAGCAUCUCUCUUGGGUAUAUGAGAAAGCUUUGGAAAGGGCAACCCAGUUUAAUAUACCUGGAAUGACUUACAGACUGGUACAAGGAGUUGUAAAGCACAUUAUUCCAGCAGUUGCAUCUACAAAUGCAGUUAUUGCAGGAAUUUGUGCAACAGAGGUAUUCAAAAUAGCAACAAGUUGUUGCAUACCCCUCAACAACUAUUUGGUGUUCAAUGAUGUUGAUGGUAUCUACUCAUACACCUAUGAAGCAGAGAAGAAAGAUAACUGCCUAGUUUGUUCCCAAAAGCCACUAAUUUUAGACAUCAAGGAUCCUCAUUCAUUCAAACUUAAACAGCUCAUAGAUAUACUGUCAGAAUCUGCUGAAUACCAGAUGAAAAAUCCUGGACUCACUACUGUUAUUGAUGGAAAAAAUAAAACGUUGUACAUGUCAACGAUCAAAAGUAUUGAGGAGAGAACAAGAGUGAAUUUGGAUAAAACACUGGUGGAGUUGGGGAUAAAAGAUGGGCAAGAUAUUCUUGUAGCAGAUGUGACUUCACCGACGACUGUUGUUUUAAAGUUGAAGUAUUUAACUAGUGAUGUAGAAAUGAGUUAAAAUAAAGUUUUAUAUUUGUUUUUGCACUUGGUUGAUAUGGGACUUCUAUUUUAUAGCUCCUAGAUAUUGCUUCAACUGAAAAUUUACUCUCUGGAAAGUGGAUAGGUUUUCCUCUCACAUUUAGGAGUUAUACAAUUUGUUCCAACCAAUGAAUUAAAAAAAUGGUAGUGGUCAAAAUAGCAAACAUUUAUUUUGAUACUGUAUCUUACAGGUCUUCUAAAUUUUCAAUCUUAAAAAAAAACAACCUACAUACAAGACUCAUCUAAACAAUAGUCAAAAAGUAUGGCGAUCAUAUGAUAAGAGAUGUCAAAGAUAAAAAUAUGAAUGUAUAAGGCAAUAAGGAUGUCUCUGAAGACAG